GAGUAGGAAGAAACGUGUAGAUCGGCAGUAACCAACAACUUCCCUUUCCAGUAAUUGAGUUGCCCAUAUUUUAAUAUAAUCUACCAAUCGAUUGGUAUAUUCAUUUUUCUUGUUAAAUAUCGUUAGUCAUAAUGGCGGAAGAGCGUGUGAUGGAGAAAAUGAAGGAGUUGCAUUUGGACAAAGAGAAACAGUGUGGAGCUUCUGAAAACAAAAGUGGAGGGAAGAAGGCCAAGAAAUCUUCAGGAGACAACGUGGGCAAGUCUGAGCUGUCCCCACCACCCCAUUUUAUCGAUGAGCGCAUGCGUCUGUAUAGCACCCUGAAAGCUGAACACGAUGCUCUGAUGGCUAAGAGAGCACUGGACGACAGCCAACCCAUCAAGGUCACCCUGCCGGAUGGCAACGUGGUGGAUGCUGAGUCAUGGAAGACCACACCGUACCAGGUGGCAUGUGGGAUUAGCCAAGGUCUUGCUGACAACACAGUCAUAGCCAAAGUCAACAAAGUUGUGUGGGACCUUGACCGACCAUUGGAGGAGGAUUGUACCUUGCAACUACUGAAGUUUGAUGAUGAAGAGGCACAAGCUGUGUACUGGCAUUCGAGUGCCCAUAUCAUGGGUGAAGCCAUGGAGCGUGUGUAUGGUGGAUGCCUUUGCUAUGGUCCUCCCAUUGAGAAUGGCUUUUACUACGACAUGUUUCUUGACAGCGAGGGUGUGUCAAGCAAUGACUUCCCUGGCCUUGAGAACUUGUGCAAGAAGAUCAUUAAGGAGAAGCAGCCUUUUGAGAGGUUGGAAAUAAAGAAGGAGACUCUUCUGGAAAUGUUUAAGUAUAACAAGUUUAAGUGUCGCAUCCUGAAUGAGAAAGUUACCACCCCGACCACCACAGUCUAUAGGUGUGGACCCUUGAUUGACCUGUGCAGAGGGCCUCAUGUGAGGCACACUGGGAAGAUCAAGGCUCUGAAGAUCCAUAAGAAUUCUUCCACAUAUUGGGAAGGCAAAGCCGAUAUGGAGAGUCUUCAGAGGAUUUAUGGAAUCUCCUUUCCAGAUCCCAAGAUGCUGAAAGAGUGGGAGAAGUUCCAGGAGGAGGCCAAGAAUCGAGAUCACCGCAAACUCGGCCGGGAGCAGGACUUGUUCUUCUUCCAUGACCUCAGCCCAGGUAGCUGCUUCUUCCUUCCCAAAGGCUCCUUCAUCUACAACAGCUUGAUGGACUUUGUCAAAAGUGAGUACAGGAAGCGGGGCUUCCAGGAGGUCGUGACCCCAAAUAUCUACAACAGCAAGCUGUGGCAGACCUCCGGCCACUGGCAGCACUACAGUGAGAACAUGUUCUCAUUCGAGGUGGAGAAGGAGAUCUUCGCCCUCAAGCCAAUGAACUGCCCAGGACACUGCCUCAUGUUUGACCACAGGCCCCGCUCCUGGAGAGAACUGCCCCUGCGGCUGGCUGACUUUGGUGUCUUGCACCGUAACGAGCUCUCCGGGGCACUGACCGGCCUCACCCGUGUCCGCCGAUUCCAGCAGGAUGACGCCCACAUCUUCUGCACUAUGGAACAGAUUGAAGAGGAGAUUAAGGGUUGUCUGGACUUCCUGCGUACUGUGUAUAAUGUGUUUGGAUUCACAUUCAAACUGAACCUCUCGACCCGACCAGAGAAGUUCUUGGGAGAGCCUGAAGUUUGGGACCAAGCCGAGAAGCAACUGGAGAACAGCCUGAAUGAAUUUGGAGAAAAGUGGGUUCUGAAUCCUGGAGAUGGUGCCUUCUAUGGACCUAAAAUUGACAUUCAGAUAAAGGAUGCCAUCGGCAGAUACCACCAGUGUGCCACAAUUCAGUUGGAUUUCCAGCUACCAAUCCGCUUCAAUCUCACAUUUGUCAGCCAAGAUGGAGAGGACAAGAAAAGGCCUGUGAUUAUCCACAGAGCGAUCUUGGGUUCUGUUGAGAGGAUGAUUGCCAUUCUGACUGAAAACUAUGGAGGGAAAUGGCCUCUGUGGCUCUCUCCACGUCAGGUGAUGGUCGUACCUGUGGGACCAACCUGUGACGAAUAUGCCCAGAAGAUACAACUGGAGUUCCACAGUGGUGGGCUUAUGACUGAUGUGGAUUUAGACGCAGGUUGUACUCUCAACAAGAAGAUCAGGAAUGCACAGCUGGCUCAAUAUAACUUCAUCCUGGUUGUGGGAGAAAAGGAAAAGACGAGUGAGACGGUGAAUGUCCGUACCCGUGACAACAAGGUCCACGGUGAGCGCAGCGUGCAGGACUGCAUGAAGCGCCUGCAGGAGCUGAAAGCAGCGAGGAGCCUCAUGGCUGAGGAGGAAUUCUGAACCUGCAUAUAGAACUUGGUUCUCAAACAUCCAUUAUUUGGAGAAGUCUGUGCAGUUUUGUACACUGUGGAGAAACUUUAAAUCCUGAGGCAACUGUCUGUUAAACUUGAGUUGUCUGGUUCAUAUUAUAUUCAGUUAAAUCAGUUUGGCUCCAUUACACCUUUCAUGUAAAUUGUCAGGAAAUAAUGUUUGAUCACAUUUGACUAUCUUUUUCCCAGUAUAAUUUUAUGCUGUAAUAAAUUCAUAAAUAAAACACGUUGACUAAUA